AUGAAGGACGUGAGAGCCGUAGUGGAGAGCAUGGUGAGGGAGGCGAUGGAGUCCACCGAGAUUAGGGGGUCGGCACAAGCUCUGGCGCAGCAGGUGAAGCGGGCCAUUGCGGACGGAGGGUCGGCGGCGACGGCGACAGAGUUGGAGCGGCUCGUCAAUUCGUGGACGAUGGCGCGCCAUCUCUUUGCGUCGCUGCUGCUCGGCGAGCUCGCGUUGUUGGCCGACGUCGCGGCGGCCGGCGGCGGCGCCAAGCCCCACGUUAACCACGGCAAGUUCACGGUGGGCCCGUGGAAGGACGGGCACGCGACGUUCUACGGCGGCCGCGACGGGUCCGGCACGACGGAGGGGGGUGCGUGCGGGUACAAGGACAAGGAGGCUGAAGGGUACGGCAUGCAGACGGCGGCGGUGAGCCCGGCGCUGUUCGACGGCGGGGCCGGGUGCGGCGCGUGCUACGAGGUGAAGGGCGCGGAGGGCGUCAGCACCAGCAAGGCCGGCGCGGCGCCGGUGGUGGUGACCGCGACGAACCAGGCCCCGCCGCCGGUCAACGGGCAGAAGGGCGAGCACUUUGACCUCACCAUGCCGGCGUUCCUCCAGAUCGCGGAGGAGAAGGCCGGCAUCGUGCCCAUCUCCUACCGCAAGGUGGCGUGCGCGAAGCAAGGCGGGAUCAGGUACACGAUAACGGGGAACCAGUUCUACAACAUGGUGACGGUGACGAACGUGGGCGGCGCCGGGGACGUGGCGGCGCUGCUGGUGAAGGGCAACAAGCGCGUCAAGUGGACGCCGAUGAAGCGGAGCUGGGGCCAGCUGUGGACGACGGAGGUGGACCUCACCGGCGAGUCGCUGACGUUCCGCGUGAUGACCGGCGACCACCGCAAGGCCACCUCCUGGCACGUCAUGCCUCGCGACUGGCAGUUCGGCAAAACAUACCAGGCGACCAAGAACUUUUAG